AUGAUGGGUGACCGUGAACAAACUGGAGAGCCAAUUGCCAUUGUGGGAAGUGCCUGCCGCUUUCCUGGUGAUGCAACAACACCAUCGAAGCUGUGGGAUCUGCUCAAGGAUCCCCGUGACGUCUUGACUGAGAUUCCGAAAAGUCGAUUUAGUACCAAAGCCUUUUACCACCAUGAUGGUCUGCACCAUGGCACGACGAACGUCCGACACUCCUACCUCUUGUCCGACGACCACCGGCUGUUCGACGCCCAGUUCUUUGGAACAAAGCCAGUCGAAGCGAACUCGAUUGAUCCGCAGCAGAGGUUGCUGCUGGAGACGGUCUAUGAAGGCUUGGAAGCUGCCGGUAUCCCUAUGGAGGGUCUCCAGGGAUCCAACACCGCGGUUUAUGUUGGACUGAUGACAAACGAUUAUGCGGAUAUGCUAGGUCGAGAUGUCCAGAACUUUCCUACAUACUUUGCCUCCGGAACUGCGCGCAGUAUCCUGUCCAACCGAAUCUCUUACUUCUUUGACUGGCGCGGCCCUUCCAUGACCAUCGACACAGCCUGCUCUUCCAGUUUGAUUGCACUACACCAGGCCGUGCAGAGCCUGAGAAGCGGCGAAAGCAAUGUCGCGAUUGCCGCCGGAACCAAUAUUCUCCUUGGACCCGAGCAGUACAUCGCAGAGAGCAAGUUGAAGAUGCUUUCUCCAACAGGGCGCUCGCGCAUGUGGGACAAGGAUGCUAAUGGAUACGCUCGCGGUGACGGUAUCGCUGCCGUCAUACUCAAGCCAUUGAGUGCUGCCCUGGCUGAUGGUGAUCACAUCGAGUGUAUCGUCCGGGAAACAGGUGCCAACCAAGAUGGUCGCACGAAAGGAAUCACCAUGCCGAACCCUGUGGCUCAGGCGGAUCUCAUUCGGACGACGUAUGCUCGAGCUGGACUCGAUCUUUCUAAGCCCAGUGACCGACCGCAAUACUUCGAAGCUCACGGAACCGGUACCCCUGCGGGUGACCCUGUCGAGGCCGAGGCUAUCAGCACGGCUUUCUUCGGAAAGACGGCUAACUACCACCGAAAGACUAGCCAGGAAGACCCCUUGUAUGUUGGAUCUAUCAAGACUGUGAUCGGACACACCGAAGGCACAGCUGGCUUGGCGGCUGUUCUGAAGGCAUCACUAGCAUUGCAACAUGCAGUGAUCCCGCCAAACCUCUUGCUUAACGAGUUGAGUGCAACAGUGCGACCCUUCUACAAUGACCUGGAGAUUGCCCAGGCUGCCAAGCAAUGGCCUAAACUCCCAAAUAAUACUCCCCGUCGUGCUAGUGUUAACAGUUUUGGCUUCGGUGGUGCAAAUGCGCAUGCCAUUUUGGAAGAGUACAACCCGCAAUUGAUUGGACGUACCUCUGGUGAGGGCAAUACGGCGAUUGUGUCUCCGUUCAAUUUGUCUGCAUCUUCUGAGAAAUCGCUUCUCGGAAAUGUGGCUGCAUACUCGGCAUAUAUCAAGAGUCACCCUGAUAUCAAUUUGCGCGACCUCUCAUGGACUCUGAACUGCCGCCGGUCCACAUUGUCGGUGCGGCUCGCGGUCUCUGCAUCGAACACCGUAGACCUUGUUGCAAAACUAGAUGAUGCAGUGCAGUCAUCCACUGGUAUCACACCAGCCACCCAGACAGCAACUAUCCGUGAGCCGAAGAUUCUUGGAGUUUUCACGGGUCAAGGUGCACAAUGGGCUCGAAUGGGCGCGGAGCUGCUUGAGAGCUCAUCAAUGGCACGGGAAUGUCUUGCUCGUCUUGAUCGCUCCCUACAGGAAUUGCCCGUAGAGCAUCGCCCAGAGUGGUCCUUGAGUGAAGAGCUCCUCAAAGACAAGAACUCUUCCCAAAUUGGUCUGGCGACAUUCUCACAGCCCCUGUGUACCGCUGUUCAGAUUGUCCUAGUCCAACUUCUCCACGCCGCUAAUAUUAAGUUCAAGACUGUUGUCGGCCACUCAUCUGGUGAAAUUGCUGCAGCAUAUGUUGCAGGUUAUCUCAACGAAGCGGAUGCUAUUCGGAUUGCGUACUACCGCGGAUGGUCCCUUCAGUAUGCCAACGACAAGGAAGGACCGAAGGGUGCUAUGAUGGCUGCGGGUACAUCCUUCGACGAUGCCAAGGAGCUUUGCGAGAUGCCCUCGCUAGAAGGUCGAAUCUGCGUAGCGGCCAGCAACUCCUCCGCCAGUGUCACGCUCUCUGGCGAUGCAGAUGCGAUUGACGAGGCCCAGGAAAUCCUCGAAGAUGAAAAGAAGUUUGCGCGCCUUUUGAAGGUCGACAAGGCAUACCACUCUCAGCACAUGCUAUCCUGUGCAGCACCUUACAUUGCAGCAAUCCGCAAGUGUGGCAUAACUAUUCAGUCUCGGUCCAGUGGCAGCCCUACAUGGAUCUCCAGUGUAUAUGGCGAGAAUAUCGACGACGUCAACGACAAUCUUGCUGACACUUACUGGAGCAAUAACAUGGUCAAUCCUGUUCUAUUUUCUCAGGCAAUAACCUAUGCCGUUGGUGCCGCCGGCCCAUUUGACAUGGCAUUGGAGGUUGGACCUCACCCAGCGCUGAAGGGACCCGCAAUGCAAACUAUCCAAGAAGUGUCUGGUGAAUCAUUACCCUACACGGGCACCUUGAACCGUGGCAAGAAUGACCGGGAAGCCUUUGCAUCCGCUCUUGGCGCCUUGUGGGUAUCACUAGGAGAGAGUGUCGUGGACUUUGCCGGCUUCGAGAGCAAGGCGACACGAAGCACUCGACAACCGGCAUUGAUCAAAGGUCUUCCAUCGUACUCGUGGGAUCACGACCGAGUUUACUGGCACGAGUCUCGGUCUUCGAUUGCUUUCCGCACUGAGAGUGAACCCUUCCAUUCUCUUCUUGGUGUUAAAUGCCCAGACGGAAGCGACAAAGAGCUGCGCUGGCGCAACUACCUUCAUCCCCGUGAAGUCUCUUGGCUGGCUCAUCACCAAGUUCAGGGACAGAUGGUGUUCCCUGCGGCCGGGUAUAUCUCAGCGGCAGUUGAGGCAGUUGCUCAGAAGUAUGGUCUGCAGUCCGUGAAGCUGAUCGACUUCCAUGAUGUAACCAUUGGCCAAGCCUUGGUCCUCGAGGAGAAUGAUGGCGUCGAGACCAUUUUCAGACUCUCCAUCGAGGAGCUCCGGAGUGAUUCAGUAUCGGCGUCUUUUGCUUGUCAUUCCAGCGCUAACAAGGGAUCAUCCAACAUGUCCCUGCAUGCAUCUGCUUCACUGCAAAUUAUCUUGGGCGAUCCGAAAGAUGAUACUCUCCCCCUCGACCCGAAACCCAUGGAACCUUCCUCGAUUUCUGAACUUGGGUUUGGCUAUACGGGUCCCUUCCAGGCUCUCUCUGGCUUAAGCAGGAAGAUGGACGAGGCAACAGGCCUCAUUGCUGUCCCAGAAGUUGAUGAACAUGACAGACCAUUGAUCAUUCACCCGGGCUCACUCGACGGUGCCAUCCAGUCGAUCAUGUUGGCUUAUUGCUUCCCAGGGGACGGUCGUCUACGCACCCUAUACCUGCCUACUCGAAUUGACAGGCUUCGUCUGAACCCUUCUGCUUGUGCUGCCCUCGCUGCGCCUGGGGCAGAUAUGCCGUUCUACUCCACAGUUACGGAUGCCCGGUUUGCUGAGCUUUCUGGUGAUGUUGAUAUAUUCUCCACAGACGGAAAACAUACCCUGGUUCAACUUGAAGGGUUGCAUACUACUCCGCUCAGUCCGUUGACACCUGCCAACGACGUUCCCUUCUUCACGGAGGUGAUUUGGGAUGUCGAUGGGCCGACCGGCACCAAGGCCACUACAGAAUUGACACCGCAAGACCAUGCCCUGGGAUUGAAUCUUGAGCGCAUCGCUCACUUCUAUUUCAAGAAGCUUUAUAGUUCGAUUUCCCGGUCGGAACGUGCGAAGGCCGCCUGGAACCAUGCACAUCUUUUGUCUUAUGCUCAGCAUUGCAUCUCUUCUGUUGCUUCUGGAAAGCACAAGAUUGCAAAGGCUGAAUGGGCUAACGAUACAUUAGCUGAUAUCACUCCAAUUUUGGACCGUAACGCUGAGAGCAUCGAUGUCAAGGUUCUCUCUGCAAUUGGCGAGAACCUACCUGCUGUCAUUCGCGGUGAGAAGAAUCCGCUUGAAAUUCUUAUGCAAGAUAACAUGCUUGGUAGUUUCUAUGCCAAAACUCUUGGAAUUGAUUUUUACCUUGGAGAAAUUGCCCGGAUGUCUCGUCAGAUCAGCCACCGAUAUCCCCACCUGAACGUCCUAGAAAUUGGCGCAGGCGCUGGCGCCACCACCGAGAGAGUUCUGCCUGCAAUGGGCUCGGCGUUCACCUCCUACACAUACUCUGAUAUUCUGGACAGCCAGUUCGAUGAUGUCCGUGAGAAAUUCUCGGAGUACCAAUCCAGGAUGGUAUUCAAGGUUCUGGACAUUGAACAGGAUAUUAUCGAACAGGGGUACGAAGCGGAAUGCUUCGACCUGGUGAUUGCUCCCUUGGCUCUUUACGCCACGAAGAAUCUCGAGGCUACCCUCUCAAACGUUCGUAGGCUUAUCAAGCCCGGUGGUUACCUGAUCAUGUUGGAGAUCACAAAUCCCGAUGUUAUGCGCUUCAGCCUCAUCCUUGGUGGCCUACCUGUUUGGUGGCGGGGCCACGAGGACGGAAGAACACUAUCCCCUUGUGUUAGUGAGAGCAAGUGGGAUGAGCUAAUGCAAAGGGCAAAGUUCUCCGGAUUGGAGGCUCUCGCGCCAUCUUCCUCGACCUCCCUUCUGCCAUUCUCCGCCAUGGCUACCCAGGCAGUCGACGGCCGCAUCAACUACCUCCGUGACCCCUUGGCCCAUAUCCACCAACCACUCGGUGUUGACUCGUUGACAAUUAUUGGAGGGAAAACGCCGUUGACUGCAGCCAUGGCCGCUGACAUCAAGACCGCAGUUAGUCGCCAUUAUGGCAACAUCCAUACUGCCAAUUCCCUGAGCGAUAUUGUCUCCACGGACCUGCCGGUUAUGGGAACAGUCAUCAGUUUGAUCGAGCUUGAUGAGCCGAUUCUCAAGAACAUGACGUCCGAGAACCUUAAUUCUUUCCAGGAACUGUUCAAACGGAGCAAGAAUGUACUCUGGCUGGGACAUGGAGCUCAAGGCGAUAACCCCUACGGCAACAUGUUCACUGGUGUUCAACGUACACUGCUCAUGGAGAUGACCCACCUCCACGUUCACUUCCUCAACCUUCAUUCCUUGCGUGAAACGGAAGCAAAAGCCAUCGCAACAAAGCUCCUUCAUCUAGAGGCUGCCGAAAUUUGGGAUCAAAGUGGCCAACUUGAUGGAAUUCUCUGGUCUAAUGAGCGAGAAAUCGCCUUUGAAAACGGAAAGAUCCUGGUUCCUCGAUUCCGUCUCAACUCUUGCCGAAAUGACAGAUACAAUUCUUCCAGGCGACUCAUAAUUAAAGACGUUGAACGUGCCAAGUCCAUUGUGACUAUCCAGCAAUCGGACAUGGGAUAUCAAAUCGAAGAGAAAGAUAUUAGGUCUUCGCUAUCUUUCCCCGAUGGCGUCGAAAUCCAUGUUACACAUUCUUUGCUUCGCGCUGUCCGCAUCACCGAGACAGAGAGUCUGUUCUUGGUUGUUGGAAACAACACUCGGACUAAGGAGCGAGUAGUUGCUCUGUCGCAUACUUUGGAGUCUCAACUUCAUGUGCCGCAUAGUCUAGCAGUGCGUUGCGGAGAUACCCAAGAGCAAGCCGUUAGUUCAAUGCUCACCCUCUAUCUGCACUUCCUGUCUCUCUCCAUGCUGCAGAAGCUUCAACCUGGCACGGCGUUGGCAGUUUUGGAUCCCAACUACUCUCUGUCUCCAGUAAUAACAAAGCAUGCGAACGAAAGGGGCGUACAGCUGGUUCUUCUGACCACGAAGCAAGGCGUUUGCUCCUGGCCAUGGAUCCAGGUCCACCCGAACACCACCAAACGUGAACUGAUCACCAAACUUCCUCGGAAUAUUGCCAGACUUGUCACAAUGGGGGGCAAUGAUGAUGUGCUUUCGGUUCUCAAAGCGUGCCUACCGGCCAUCUUUCCAUUUGAGAAUGAGACAACCCUUACUACGACUUCCUGCCAAUCGCAAUUCACCUCUGACAUGGGUCAACUGUCGAUGCAGCUUCAAAAUGUCUGGAUGAGAGUGCAGUAUGAUCUGAUGCCGGUGAACCUGCACAGGUUCGCAUCUUUGAGUCUACAAGACCUCAUCCGCACAAAAGACCCUCUGGCCGAGCAGUCCCUAAUUGCCUGGGGUGAGUCCAGGCUUGCUAUUCAAGUCCGCCCAGCCACCAAAAAGGUGAAGUUCUCCAAGGACAAGACUUACUGGCUCGUUGGACUUACGGGUGGGCUUGGUCUGUCUCUGUGUCAGUGGAUGGCCAGACAGGGUGCACGGUACAUCGCACUCUCAAGUCGUAACCCCAAGGUUGAUGACCAGUGGUUGAAGAGGAUGGCUACUACCAGUUGCACUGUUCGUGUCUUUUCAAAUGACAUCACAAACCGUGAAUCUGUCCAGUCAACAUACCGCCAGAUAUGUGAUAGCAUGCCUCCAAUCGCUGGUGUUGCACAAGGUGCUAUGGUUCUCCAGGAUACGAUGUUCAUUGACCUGGAUCUUCCUCGCCUGGACAAGGUCCUUCGCCCCAAGGUUGAUGGUAGUAUCCUGCUCGACGAGCUAUUCCCAGAAAACACUUUGGACUUCAUGGUCUUCUUCUCAUCAAUGGCUGCGAUGACAGGGAACCCCGGACAAGUGGCAUAUAAUGCUGCCAACAUGUUCAUGGCAAGUUUAGCUGCACAACGCCGAAAGCGUGGCUUGGCAGGACAUGCAAUCAACAUCGGUGCCAUUGUCGGUAACGGGUAUGUUACCCGAGAAUUGAACAUGGGCCAACAGUCAUAUCUGUACCGAGUUGGACAUUCUUGGAUGUCCGAACAAGACUUCCACGAGGUAUUUGCCGAGGGCGUUCUAUCCUGCUUGGAUCGUGUGGGUGCCGCCGAGUUGUGCUGUGGUCUUAGAAUCGAUGAUGAUGAGUCUAAGAGUUGGGUUUCCAACCCCAUGUUCCAGCAUUUGGUCUCCAAGUCGAGCAGCCUUGUUAUCUCUGACAAGAAGGGCAAAGCUGGGAUGUUGAUCAAGACACGCCUGUUUGAGGCGACAUCCAUGCAGGAAGUGAUGGAAAUCUUGAUAGACGGCUUUGUUUUGAAGCUCCAGUCCUCUCUUCAAGCUGAUUCGUCUACUCCCAUGUUAGACAUGAGUCCAGAUGAACUUGGUGUUGACUCUUUGGUCGCCGUUGACCUUCGCUCAUGGUUCCUCAAGGAAUUGGGAGUAGACAUGCCAGUGCUGAAGAUUUUCAAUGCAGCAUCGAUUCGAGAGCUGCUUGCCACAGCUGCCGAGGUUCUCCCGGGGACAUUGAUUCCUAAUCUCGCCAACGGUGACCAGCCCCCUAACGUUCCAGCGCACCAGCUCGCUCCUGUAGUGCCAGCCGCAAACAUCACUACUGAUAUUUCCGAGGAUGUCCGAACGCCAGAUACAAACGAGACCCUCGAAGCCUUCAAGUUCGCAAUUCCGGAUAUAGCAAACACGUAUAGUGGCAGCUCAGGAGCUUCUUUGAAUACCAGGGACUCCAAUUCCGAAGAUAACGCAGACACUUCUUCGUCAAUUUCUACAGAUGACAGUGAGAUGGUGUCCCCAAGUCGCGAAAUUCAAAGGACUACCUCGAUGUCUUAUGGGCAGUCACGGUUCUGGUUUCUGGGCCAUUUAGUCGAGGAUAAGGCUGCUUUCAACAUCACACCGACAUUCGAAUUGACUGGUCGGUUGAAGGUCAAUGACUUUGCUAGAGCUAUUGAGUCUGCUGGUCAGCAUCACGAAGCCUUGCGUACAUUCUUCUUCACUGAUGACAAGCAAAACCAUAUGCAAGGUGUUUGGGCAAAGUCCAACUUGCGAUUGGAACAUGUUGCAAUUUCCGAUAGAAAGGAAGUCGAAGACGCCUCGAAGCAGAUGAAGGCACAUGAGUUUGACCUUGCCAACGGUGAAAUUAUGCGUGUCCAGCUCCUUUCAAUGAACCCAGAAAAGCACUGGAUGAUCUUCGGUUUCCAUCAUAUCAACAUGGAUGGGAUCAGUUUUGAGGUGUUUUGGUCUGAUGUUGAGAAGGCUUACCAGGGUAUACCUCUUUCCCAGGACGGUAUUCAAUACCCCGAGUUCACCAUGAGACAAAACCGCGAAUAUGAAGAGGGUGACUGGGCAGGUGAGCUGGCUUACUGGCGAGCACAGUAUGUUGAAAUCCCGCCAGCGAUCCCUCUGCUCCCGUUCGCCCUUCAAUCGGUCCGGCCCAAGGUUGCCCGGUUUGGGUCGCACACUGCUCAAAUGCGUCCUGAUGCAAAUACUUCCGAAGCCAUUGAACGGUGCUGCCGAAUGUUCAAGUCCACGCCUUUCCAUUUCCAUCUGGCGGUCUGGCAAAUUCAACUCUUGCGUUUCUUUGAUUCAGAUGAUAUUUGUAUUGGUCUGGGUGAUGGAAACCGCACCGAGGCCGACAUUCUGCGAAGUGUUGGAUUGUUCUUGAACCUACUUCCAGUUAGAUUCUCCCGUCACCCAGGUCAAUCCUUCGGAGAGUCUCUGAAAGACGUUCGGAACAUCACACAGGGCGCAUUUGCGCAUUCGCGUGUGCCGUUCGAUGUGAUUCUGACGGAACUUAAUGUUCCGCGAUCCGCCUCCCACAAUCCUCUUUGCCAGGCUAUGUUCAACUACCGUCCUAAAGUUGAGCAGUCCAGGAGUUUCUGCGGAUGCCUUGCUGAGGGUGCACUUUUGGGCGGUGGCGAGACCUCAUUUGAUCUCAGUCUGGAUGUUGCCAAUGUGGGUGCAGGCGAGACCCUCAUUCACCUGUCUGUCCAGGACAGUCUCUAUAGUAUGGAUCACGCUGAAAUCCUACUCCGGUCUUACUCCAAUCUGGUUCAAUCUUUUCUGCAGAACCCAGCUACACGAGUGACUUGGCCGGGUUUGUAUUCGAAGGAUGAUGUUGAGGAAGCAGUGACUCUUGGACGAGGACCCGAGCUUCGAGCGGAAUGGCCAACCACUAUUGUUCACCGCUUGGAUGAGAUCGUUAGUCUGUAUCCUAACCGCGUCGCUUUGAAGGAUCAUGAUGGAACUUCAAUCACAUACACCCAAGUCCAGCGUCGCAUCGAUAUGAUUGCCAACGAGCUACUUAGCAACGGAGUGAGUCCUGGCACCCGUGUCGGGGUUCUCCAGGCACCAAGUGCAGACUGGAUUUGCUCUCUUAUGGCCAUUCUCCGUGUCGGUGGCGUCUACAUUCCACUUGACAAGAAGGUGGGAAUGGAAAGACUGGCAAUGAUCAUGAAAGAAACCAAUGCCUCCGUCGUUCUCCUUGAUACCACAACCAUAUCAGACUAUGGCCUCUUGUAUACAAAGGCUGGGCCGAUUGAUGUGCGUAGUCUGUACGACUUUACUGCAACCUCUGUCUCCAAUAUGGCAGCACCAGAUGAGACAGCAGUCAUCAUGUAUACCAGUGGAUCCACCGGGAUCCCCAAGGGUCUUAUGAUCUCCCAUUCGGCAUACAUCCAUCAUGUCCAAGCAUCUAGUGCAAAGUGGAACGUCAGGCAAGGAGACGAGACUAUCCUGCAUCAGUCAUCCUACGCAUGGGAUGCGUCUCUGUGGCAGAUCAUGGUCACGCUCUGCAAUGGGGCAACACUCGUGAUCGCAUCCAGCCACGCAAGAGGUGAUCCCGUUGCUCUCACCAAACUUAUCGCUUCCGAAAAUGUGACUCUCACACUUGCAACGCCGACGGAAUAUCUCGCUUGGAUGCAACACGGUCACUCCAACCUGACUAACUCCUGCUUGAGAACCGCUAUCUGUGGAGGCGAAUUUGUGUCCAGUGGUCUGAUCGACGAGUUCAAAGCGCUACAAAAACCUGGACUGGAGUUGAUCAAUGGCUACGGGCCGGCGGAGAUUGCCAUCGCCUGUUCUGGUGCUCACAUUCCGUUGGAUUCAACCGCCGCUUCUUCUGUGCAAGCCCUCUUUACAUUGCCAAACUACUCCGUCUACAUUGUUGACCAAAGCUUCAACCCUGUACCGAUUGGGAUCCCUGGUGAAGUGGUUAUUGGGGGCGCUGGAGUCGCCCAGGGCUAUCUCGAUAACGCCAAGGCAAAUGACCGCUUUGCACUUGAUCAGUAUUCAAGCCUUUUUUUCAAGGAGAAGCACUGGACAACAAUCCAUCGAAGUGGAGAUCGCGGCAAGCUCACCCGGGGCGGUGGAUUGGUACUCCUGGGGCGCAUGGAUGGUGAUAAUCAAGUCAAGCUGAGAGGCAUGCGGAUCAAUGUCGAGGAGAUCGAGAAGGCAAUUGUCAAUUCUUCCGCCGGAGUUAUUGCCCAGGCUGUGGUAUCUGUCCGUUCUGAUGCCAGCCACAGCUCGGAUAAAUUUCUUGUUGCCUUUGCUGUGAUGACAGCUGCAGAUAUUGCCGAAAACACACUCGAAUUCCUCAAGCGCCUUGCCCGGGAGCUACCAUUGCCACAGCAUAUGCGACCUGCUGCUAUAAUCCCCAUCGAGACUAUUCCUCAGAGUACCUCCGGCAAAACCGACCGCGCCGCGGUCAGCUUACUCCCCAUUCCAUCUGUUGCAUCCAAACAUGUAAAUGAUGACACUCUCAAGGAAUCUGAGCAGUCACUGCGCCAGCUUUGGAAACAGGCUCUUCCACGAGAGCUUGUCAGCUAUCAUUCAAUUGAGGCCAAGUCAGACUUCUUUCAUGUCGGUGGAACUUCGCUCGCCCUUGUUGAUCUCCAAGCUCUGAUAAAAGAUCGUCUGGGGGUAUCCAUGGCUCUGCACCAGCUUUUCGAGUCAAGCACACUCCGAGACAUGGCUGCAAGCAUUGAAGAUUUGUCCUACCCUGGACAAGAGUUGGAAGUUGAUUGGAAAACAGAAGUUGAAAUUGAUCCCAGUCUUGCUUUGUGUCUGAGCGGCGGUGGUACCCACAUUAUCCCCUCUGGUGUUAGAGUCGUGGUGCUUACCGGGGCUACUGGUUUCCUUGGCAAGGAGCUCCUCCGGUUGCUCUUGAAUGACACCGACGUUAUCUCUAUUCAUUGUCUGGCUGUCAGAAAAGAAUCGUCUGAGCUCCCAGAGAUCUUCUCGCACCCGAAGGUUCAUCUGCACAGGGGCAAUUUGGGAGCUUCUCGGCUGGGACUCUCAGAUUCAGAUGCCAGCUCAAUCUUUUCUUGUGCAGACAUCGUGAUUCACAAUGGUGCCGAUGUCUCAUUCAUGAAAAGCUACCAGACGCUCAAACUGAUAAACGUGGCAUCCACCAAAGAACUUGUCAAACUCGCCUUGCCUCGACGUAUUCCUUUCCACUUUGUCUCCACGGCCGGUGUUGCUCGUCUUGCUGGACAGGAGAGCUUCGGGGAAUCCUCUGUGGCAUCGUUCCCACCUCCAUCACCCCCAAACGACGGGUACGUCGCUGCGAAGUGGGUGAGUGAGGUAUAUCUGGAGAACAUCCAAAGACAAUUCGGUCUUCCUGUGUGGAUUCAUCGUCCAUCUAGCAUCACUGGUGCCGAUGCACCAGAGCUUGACCUGAUGGGCAACGUCAUGCAAUACAUCAAGGAAACCGGCAAAGUGCCUGACUCGAGCUCAUGGUCUGGGGUCUUUGAUCUCAUAUCUGUCGAAUCUGUUGCGAGCCAACUUCUCGAGGCCGUGCACGAAUCUAGUCUCAGUCAUUCACAGGCAGUCAAGUAUUUGUAUGAGUCUGGUGAGAUGCAACUUGGACAGGAGGACAUUAUGCCCUUGAUGGAAUUGGGAACUGGCCAAGAGUUCCAGACUGUUACUAUAGAAGAUUGGGUGGCCUAUGCCGAGCAAGCUGGAAUGAGUCGAUUGCUGGCAGCGUAUCUCCGCACAGCAUCGGAUGGACAAGUAUUUCUUCCUAAACUGGUGAAAAGCACAGACGUUUGA